CCUGGCGGGCAAACCCAGGCUGCGGGCGGCUGGGAAGCUUAGCGGGGCUUUGUCGGGAAAACCGUGGGUUUGAGGUGCCCACGGUUCACUACACACUUCUGGAAGUGUCUAACAGCGUGCGUCGAUCAGCAGCACCCGCAAGCCAGGACCAUGGGCUGCUUUUUCUCCAAGAGGCGGAAGGCUGGAAAAGAAUCGCAGCCUGAGAGUGAGGAUGAGCGGCCCAGGCAGUACAGCUGGGACCACCGUGAGAAGGUUGACCUGAAAGACUACAUGUUCAGUGGGCUGAAGAAUGAAACAGUAGGUCGUUUACCUGGAAAGGUGGCAGGACAACAAUUUAUCAUUCAAGACUGUGAGAACUGUAAAAUCUAUAUUUUUGAUCACAGUGCUACAGUUACCAUUGAUGACUGUACUAGCUGUGUCAUUUUUCUGGGGCCAGUGAAAACCAGUGUGUUUUUCCGGAAUUGCAGAGAUUGUAAGUGCCUGUUAGCCUGCCAACAAUUUCGUGUGCGAGACUGCAGAAAGCUGGAAGUCUUUCUGUGCUGUGCUACUCAACCUAUCAUCGAGUCUUCCACAAACAUCAAGUUUGGCUGUUUUCAGUGGUAUUACCCUGAAUUAGCUUUCCAGUUUAAAGAUGCAGGGCUGAGUAUCUUCAAUAACACAUGGAGUAACAUUCAUGACUUUACCCCUGUGGCAGGAGAGCUCAACUGGAGCCUUCUUCCAGAAAAUGCCAAGAUCCAGGACUUUGUUCCUGUCCCUACAACGGAAGAGUUCAAAGCUGUUCGAGUUUCCACAGAAGCCAAUAGAAGCAUCGUUCCAAUAUCCCGGGGUCAGAGACAGAAGAACAGUGACGAAUCAUGUUUGGUGGUGUUAUUUGCGGGGGAUUAUACUAUUGCAAAUGCCAGGAAAUUAAUUGAUGAGAUGGUUGGUAAAGGCUUUUCCCUAGUUCAAACAAAGGAAGUGACUAUGAAGCCUGAGGAUGCUCAAAGGGUUUUUCAAGAGAAAGCUUCUGAUUUCCUCCCUCUUCUGAACAAAGGUCCUGUGAUUGCCUUGGAGUUUAAUGGAGAUGGUGCUGUGGAAGAAUGCCACCAUAUUGUAAAUGAAACAUUCAAUGGGACAAAGAUGUUUGUGUCAGAAAAGAAGGACACAGCAUGUGGAGAUGUAGACAACUUCUACAACUUUGCAGACAUUCAGAUGGGAGUGUGAAGCACUGGGACCAAGAACUUGGUUCUACAUGUACAUUGAGAACAUUUGGAGCACUGGGAAAAACAGAACUCACAGCACUCCAAUAAAAUGACUUCUUAUUGG